GCGCUGGGUUUGUGGGGGGAGUUGUCUAGCGGUGGGAAGCAGACGGUGCGCCGUGGUCCUGGUGUCUCUGCAUCUGCGAGCGCUGAUACAUUCACUGCGGGUGUAGGAGCGGGGCAAGUGGGAGAGAGAGUGUGUGGAGAGGGGAGGGGGCCAUACAUCACUGCGGGUGCAAGAGCGGGGAGAGGAAGAGAGAGAGAGCGAGCGAGCGAGUGAGAGCGUGUGGAUUAUUUCUUUAUUUUUAACAGCAGCCACAAGCGUGAGGAUCUCUCUGCUCCAGACGCCGCGUUCCGCAGAAGACUGCAACACGUUCCGGCUUGACAGCUACGUGCUUUGUCAGAUGUUAAGAGUCUACCCCCCCCGCCCCGCUAACCUCCUUGUCUCUGGGUUCUGGCUCAGCAUCUGAGUAGUGGAGAGCUCUUCUCGCUUUCCUCUUCUUUACAAAGAAGGUUGUUGGUUUGGAGCUCCGUGUCAAUUGAAUCGCAUCGAUAUUCUAUAUCCAUUGAGAAGUGCGGGACGCCAAACAAGUGGGCAAUUGCCCGGGGAGCCAGAUCCUUCGUCCCAACAGUGCCUUGACAUUGGCUCGGUUUCCGACAGGUUGGCAGUAUCGACGGAACUCUCUAUUCGAUCUCCACCGCCGCUCAACGCGCUCCGCUUACCCGCACCCACCCACUGCGGAGAAAUCUGAGACGGCCUGCGGUGCGGCGAGGGAGCGACCGACAGAUUGCCAAAGAAACAACGAGCAGGGGAGAGAGGGGGACGGAGAGACGGAGAGAGAGAGAGAGAGGAGCAAUGCACAGACUGCGGCAGAGUCUGAGACAGAGAAAAGAGAACUACGUCCCGGAGGCGAGUCGCCCUCACCAGUGGCAGUCGGAUGAGGAGGCGGUGAGACGCGGGCAAUGCAGUUUCCCUGUCAAGUACCUGGGCUGCGUGGAGGUGGAAGAUUCGAGGGGAAUGCAAGUGUGCGAGGAAGCCAUCAAACGCCUCAAGUCUAGUCAGAAGUUUCCGAUAUCGUUCUUCUCCAGAAGCGGUCAGAAGAAAACGCGAGCCAUGCUGUGGGUGUCGGCCGACGGACUGAGAGUUGUGGAGGACAGCACCAAGGACCUCAUCGUCGACCAGCUGAUCGAGAAGGUGUCGUUCUGCGCGCCCGACCGAAACCUCGAGCGAGCCUUCUCCUACAUAUGCCGCGACGGCACGACGCGCCGCUGGAUGUGCCACUGCUUCAUGGCCGCUCGCGACUCGCAGGGGGAGCGGCUGAGUCACGCGGUGGGCUGCGCCUUCACCGUGUGCCUGGAGCGCAAGCAGCGGCGCGAGAAGGAGUGCGGCGUCACCGCCACGUUCGACGUCGACCGCACCAGCUUCAUGCGCGAGGGCUCCUUCCGGGGCGGGCGCUCCCCCGGCGGGCCCACCGCGGACGGCAGCGGCGGCGCCGAUGGAGUCCACCGCCACCACCACCACCACCACCGCCGUGGCGGCGGCUCCGAGGACGACAAGCCGGCCAGCGACUGCGGCGUGGCCAACGGCGCCCUGUGCACGGCGAGCGACCGCCCGAGGCCCGCCGUCGAGACGGCGCCGUCCCCGAACGCCCGCUCCCCGCUGGCCACGCCGUCGCCGUCCUCGCCCCCGCCGCCGUCCCCCGCGCCGAUCGCCGCGACCGCCGCCGCCGCCGCCGGCGUUGUCGCGGCGGCGGCGGGCAGCUGGGGAGCGGCCACGUGCGCUGUCCCGCGGCGGCGCGCGCCGCUCGAACAGAUGGCGCGCCAGGGCUCGUUCCGAGGGUUCCCGGCGCUCGUGCAGGGCUCCUCGCCCUUCAAACGGCAGCUGUCGCUGCGCCUGGACGAGCUGCCAUCGACGCUGCAGCGCCGCUCGGGACUCGACAGCGUGGACUGCGGCUUGUCUGGCGACACCGCGGAGGCUGGCGGGCACGCGGACACGCUCUGCGCCCAGAUGAACUCAACGAGGCUGGCGCCAAGUUCCCCGAGCGACCCCUUCUGCUCCCCGUCGGCAGACAACGGGCCCCGCAUCGCCUCCCCUGCGGCAGGGAACGUCCCCUGGGCCCCCGUGGCCGCUCGCGAGAUGGCGACGCUUGCCGGGGUAAAGCCGAUGAGCCUGUCUGAGGCGGAGCAGUGGCUGGCCGACGUGGCGCGUGCCGUCACCACGCCGUGCCCCUCGCCGCUGACGCCGCGCUCGCCCCCGGCGGCCGCGCUGCUGCCGCUGCCUGUGGCCCGCUACCAGGCCCCUCCGACGGCGCUGCCGAUGACGGCCCACACGGGCCCGUACUCGUCCCCACUGCUCCAGCACCAGCAGCAACAGCAGCAGCAGCAGCACCGCACGGGGAUGACGCCGUCGCAAAUGGCCGCGUCGGUCUUCAGCAAGACGGGGUCGCCGAAGGUGGCGUCGGCGGCGGGCGCGGUGCGAGCCGCCACGGGCGCCGUCUUCGCGUCCCGGCAGACGACCGCGGUGUUCGGCGGCGGCGGCAAUGGCGGCGGCAAUGGCUCGGCGUCGUGGGCCCCGCGCGACUCGCCGGUGCCGGCGGCGUACGCCGGAGCGCCGCGCCCCCCGGCGCUGCCGCAGGCGGACUCGUUUGAGAGCCGCUGGGCUGCGGCUCAGGCCGACAGCCACAAGUCGUGCCUCAGCCCCCCGAGGGGCGACCCCUUCUGCGCGGACGCGUUCAAAACCUUCGAGAUUCGCCUGUGAUGCCGACGUCGGCCCGGCGUGCGUCGCGCGUGGGUGCGCGCGGGGCAGGAAGGGAACUGCGUUGUGUCAGCGGCAGUCCUGUAGCGUGACCCCGUAUGAAGGUGCGGGGGCGUCCCAAAACUC